AUCUUUCACCAACAAACUAGCCAAGCGCGCGAGGGCGAACCACUCGCUACCUUGGCAAUAGGCUAAGUCCUAUUUCUGUAAUUAUGGCCGAGCCCAGUAAAAAGCUGCGAUUCAGUAAAAUCGGCAGCAGUUCUAAAGAUUCUUCCACAAACACAACGAACGCAUUUGGGGGCAAUGAACUCGAUGGAGAUGGUCGAUUUGUGGAGGGUUCCAUACUUCGUAUCACCAUGAAAAACUUCCUGACCUAUGACUACUCUGAGGUUUAUCCUGGACCACAUCUGAACAUGAUUGUUGGAGCAAAUGGAACUGGCAAAUCAAGCAUUGUGUGCGCCAUCUGUUUGGGUUUGGCUGGCAAGACUGCGAUUCUGGGCAGAGGAGACAAGGUUGGGCUCUAUGUCAAACGUGGGUGCCAGAAAGGCUUCAUUGAGAUUGAACUGAACAAGAGAGGAGGUAAUAUAGUAAUUCACAGAGAGAUCCACGUGGAGAACAAUCAGUCGAUUUGGAUGCUAAAUGGCAAAUUCUGCAGCCAGAAAAUUGUAGAAGAACAGGUCAAGGCUUUGUGUAUCCAAGUCAGCAAUCUUUGCCAGUUUCUGCCUCAGGAAAAAGUAGGUGAGUUUGCCAAGAUGUCCAACAUGGAAAUACUGGAGGCAACUGAGAAAUCAGUGGGACCACCUGAGAUGUACGAGUAUCACUGUGAGCUGAAAAACUUCCGCAGCAAAGAGCGGGAACUUGAGAAUGUUGUGAAGGAGAAGGCAAGCUUUCUGGAGAAAACCAAACAGAGAAAUGAGAGGAACAAGCAUGAUGUAAAUCGCUACUAUGAAAAAAAGAGGCAUUUGGAUGUAAUUGAGCUCCUUGAGAAGAAGAAACCAUGGGUGGAAUAUGAGACCACCCGUAAGGAGCUUGAGGGUGUGAAGAAGGAGCGAGAUGAGGCCAAAAGGCAGUUUUCUGCUCUGAAGCAUUCCCAGGCACCCAUGCUGAGGAAGAUUCAGCAAAUCGAGGACCAGCUGAAGCCCACUGAGGCAAAAAUGAAGGCUAAGACUAAUGCCAUCAAAGACGCUUCUCUGAAAUGCAAACAGAAACAAGAUCAGUUGGAUAGAAAACAGAAAGAGAUUGAUGACAUUAAACAAAUGCUGAGACUGAAGCAGAAUGAGGAGGAAGAUCACCAGAAGCGAAUCAGCAAUACCAAGCGAACCAUUGAAGACCUGAAGGCAGAGCUUGCCAAAGUCAGCGACCAACCAGAUGUAACACCAAGGAUCAAUGCUGUUAAUGUGGAGCUGAGGCGCAUCCAGGUGGAGAAAGCAAAGAUCGAAGGAGAGAAGGCUGAUCUGCGUAGGGAGAGAGACGGUACCAUUGCUGAGUCCAGAAUGUUGGAGAGAAAGCUCAAUGAUAUGAAUAACAUGAUGAAUGCCAAAGAAGACAAGCUGCGAGGAUGCCACAGGGACACAUACGCUGCCCUUAUGUGGCUUAGGCACAACAGACAACUCUUUGAGGGGAAUGUCCAUGAGCCCAUGAUGCUGGUGAUCAAUAUAAGAGAUAAUCGCUUUGCCAAAUAUGUAGAAAACCACAUCCCAUUUCAUGAUCUGCGAGCAUUUGUCUUCCAGAGGAAAGACGACAUGGAGAAGUUCAUGAUUGAGGUCCGGGACAAGCAGAAUUUGAAGGUUAACUCCAUUUCUGCUCCAGAAGAGUCAUGUUCCAAGAAGGAGCCAUCCCGAAAUAUUGAGUCACUGAGUCGUUUUGGAUUCUUCUCUUACCUUCGCGAGAUGUUUGAUGCCCCUGAUGAGGUGAUGAGUUACCUUUGUCAGCAGUACCGGGUUCACGAUGUGCCUGUGGGAACCGAUAAAACCAAAGCCAUGAUUAAAACGGUGAUUGAAGAACCCUACCUCAAGGUGUUGUAUACAACACAGGAGAGGUACACUGUAAAAAGGUCAUUUUAUUCCAACAAGAUCAGCACCAGUAACUCUGCAGUACACACCUCCCAGUUUCUCACCAUCACUGUGGAUGCUGAGGAGAAACGGCAGCUGGAGCAGCAGAUAAAGGCCUGUGAGUCAAAGUUAAAAGACAUCAGUGAACGGAUGAAGGCCUUGCAGAAGGAUGGUGCUUCACUGGAUCGCAGUGAAAAUGAAUUGUUGGCAGAGAAAAAGAAACUUUCUGAACUUAAGGGAAAGAAGAGACAACUGGAGCAGAAAAUUAGUACCAAACAGGACAGUCUGAGGCAAAUGGAACAGAAUGUUAUUGACCUGAAGAAGGUUGAAGAAGAAACUAAAGAAAAGGUUGCUGCUGUUAAUUCACAGAAAGUGACCAUAGUCGCUGCAUUCAUGGCCCAAAUGAAGCUGAGAGCCACUCUGACAAUGGAGAAGGUGCAUCUGGCUUUGGAGACAGUGGGGUUGACAGUGGAGAAAACUAAGCUGGAGAAUGACUGUAGAGAAAGUACCUCUGAACUGAAGACCAUGGAACAAAGAUGCAGCCAUCUGGACAAGAGGAAGAUAGAACUGACAGAACAAUGCAAAGCCAUGCUAAAGAGAGCAAAGUCAACUUGCAGGAUGCAGCUGGAUGAGACAUUACCCGAAGACCUGCGUAACGCUUUCAGCAAGUUACCCGAUUCACUGGAGGAAGUUGAUGCCAUGUUAAAUGAGGAGCGAUCCAGAGCUGAGUGCUUCACUGGCCUCAGUGAAAAUGUUGUUGAAGAGUACAACAGGAGGGAGCAGGAGAUCAAACAUUUGGAGAAAGAUCUCCAAGAAAAGACAGCUGCCCUGAACGUCUACAGACAAAACAUGUCCGAGGCUAAGCAACGCUGGCUGAACCCUCUGAAGCAGCUAGUUGAACAGAUAAAUGACAAGUUUAGUGAGUUCUUUCGCUCCAUGCAGUGUGCAGGUGAAGUUGAUCUGUACUCAGAGAAUGAGGAGGAGUAUGACAAAUAUGGGAUCCGAAUUCGAGUGAAGUUCCACAGCAACACUCAGCUCCACGAGCUGACGCCCCAUCAUCAGAGCGGAGGGGAGCGCAGCGUCUCCACAAUGCUUUAUCUCAUGGCUUUGCAGGAGCUGAACCGCUGCCCCUUCAGAGUGGUGGAUGAGAUCAACCAGGGAAUGGAUCCUAUAAAUGAGAGGAGAGUCUUUGACAUUGUGGUCUCCACAGCCUGCAAAGAGACCACCUCCCAGUACUUCUUCAUAACACCAAAGCUGCUUCAGAAUCUUCAGUAUGGGGAGGAAAUGACUGUCCUCUGUGUCCAUAAUGGUCCCUACAUGCUUCCUCCUAAUUCAUGGAACACACAGGCUUUCAUUAAACAGUGCCUUCAGAGAAAAGCCAGAAAAUAAGUUGGCAGUCAUUUAUAUGUGAUUAAAAUGUAGAUUAACUGUUUGGGUCUACAGAAAUAUAUUCUGUUAAAUAUGUAAAGUUUGGAUUGUUAAAAGAAGCACAUUGUUCAGUGCAUGAAUGUUCUGUUUUUUGUUUCUAAUGGCAUGGCCAUGAUAAAAAUUUUUUUAACUAUUUGCACAUUUUACUUUUUAUGGACCAAUUUGUAAAGUCUUUGGUUUAAACAAAAUAUAGAAACUUACGUUUAUACAUUUUAAUAAAAAUUUUGCUAUUUUGUUUAUAUUUACUGAGAAGUGUCAGUUUAAACAUUUUAUUUCCCAGGCUCAGAGUUUCAUGUUGAGCUGUUUUUGUGCUCUAGAUUCUGUUCUGAGAAGUUCUGUGGAAAAAAAAAAUUAUUUAUUUGAGAAAGCGGCUCAGUUCAUAUAUCAUAUUAUAUUUUCUCUGACAGAACGUAGGACACCAGGGCAUUUCUUAACUAAACCUUUGUGAUGGAUGCUGCAAAUUGGGCACCUCUGGUUAAACCCCUUUGAUAUCCUUGCCUUUUCCAGGUGUUUUCCUUCCUAUGCUAGCUUAUUUUUCUACAAUAAACACAAUCUUAUAAAUAAACAGUUUGGAAAUCUUGAAAUACUAGAAGAACAUUUACAACAUUCACCUUUUUGUACAGACUGCUUUUAGUGCAAGAUUUCCGUGUAGAACAAGUCCCUAUGAGCUUAUUGUAGACCAGUGGUUCCCAAACUUUUUCUGCAGAGCCCCCUUUCCACUGAAAACAAUGUCAGCCCCCCUCUGAUCCCACCACUACCACAUGCACCCUGAUGCUUUCAAAAAAAUGCUUGAAGAAAUGGGCCACGAAGUAGUCUUAAUUUAUUUUCUGCUACUUCGUUAACUAUAGUUAAAGUGUCAGUGGCAGAAGGAACGAUAAAAGUCCUCUGUUCAUGUGAGAUGUUUUAAACUUGAAAACUGCAAAUUAUCUCAGGUGAGUUGAACUUUUGAAGAGAUGGAUUCUGCUUUAGUAAAACAAUUCUGCUUUAUAAUACAGUUUGGUUUAUUUCUAAAGUAAUCAACAGGCUUUUCUUUGUGUUCAGGAUGAAAAAUCCCCAAGUAGUGUUGUAACUUGUUUGGCUUCAUACUGUCAGAUGAUAAUAUUUUGAGACUUCAUGCUUUGCAAGCAGUACAAAUAAUUGUACAUUUUAUUUAGCCUUGCUGUUAAAUAAAAUCAUAACUUUC